CUUGGUCUUGGUACAUUAUACCGUGUAUGAGUGUUAAAUAGCGUCUUUUAAUCAUCAAAAGGACAUUUCCCCAAAGUUAAAUCGCCAGUUUUCGAUGCAACACAUCCUGUCUAGCUGGUGCGCAACGAGCAAUUUUGGAAUUGAUACCACAAACUCACAGACGAUAAGUUUAUACAAGAAACCCCAAAUCAAUAUCACAAUGGACGAAACCCGUCUCAUCCAAGCCGCGGAGAGGGCUGCACAGAGAGCCCGAGUAGCCAAAGAGCUCAUACCGCUCAAGCAAACGCCAGAAUACGUUGCGCUAGACACAAAUUUCAAGGGUGGACGCCAGCACGGCCACUACGCACAGCGGGAUCCAGAUCUUCAGGAAGACUUCAAGGAAGAUGAGGCUCUUUCUGGAAUCCAGCCUUCGGCGGACAUGAGCUGGGAAGACUUGCGCCAACGAUGGAAGUCAUGGAGCCUACCUGGGCAGCCGACAGGAGAUGCAUGUGGGCCUGGCCUGCACCGCGUCACCCAAACCAUCACAUCCAGAGAUGGUGCCAAGAUUAAAAUCAGGAUAACACGGCAACUGUCAGAAUCCAAUGGUGGCUACUACGGCCAGCACGUAACCCCAAGAACUGCAACCGAAUCAACUUCAGAAGCGGACUCGACCACGUCGACUCCUGAUCAGGUGGUAAUGGGUAACAUCGACCCCAAGCUGCUUGUUCUGCGCAUUUGCACCGUUGGCUGGGUAGGCCACGUUGACCUCGAAGCGUCAAAUGCUGGGGACGAGAUGGUUCUCGAUACCGGUGCUGUACUUGUUGAAGUAUAUCCCCGAUUGGCACCGGAAUAUGCGUUCCCACAUGCUCUCAAUGACUGUUAUGAUACUUUAAUCUGGUGCCAGACGCAGGCUCAAGAGCUUGGCAUAGAUCGAGACAGGAUUGUCCUCCUCGGAGCCGAUGCUGGUGCGAACCUGGCUGCGUCUGUGGCUAUCAAGGCGCAGGACAAGGGCGUUGCUGGCAUCGCUGCCCAGAUCCUCGAGUUCCCUCUGCUUUGUCACCCCAAGUUCUAUGACAAAGCGAGGUCAUUCCGCCAAGAAAUUGUUAGUCCUGCGCAAUGCGGAAGCCAGAAGAGCCAGCUGCCGAUGAACGUCUUGGAGCUGUUCUGGGAUAGCUAUGUGCCUAACGCAGAGGUCAAUACAUACCACUCGCCUUUGUUGGCAGAACAACUCAGUCUUCUCCCUCCUACCUUCAUACAAAUCGCCGGCUUCGAUGCCGUUCGAGACGAGGCAAUUGCUUAUGCCAACAGGCUCAGAGAAGCCUGCAUCACCGUCGAGCAGCACAUCUACCCUGGGCUUCCGCACAUGUUCCCAUGGCGGGAUCCUUCACAAUGCGGUGAAUUUUUGGCAAAGCGGCACGACUAUAUCAAGCGGGUCGCUGCUUGUAAGGGAAUAUUUGCGAAGCGGCGACUGUAGCUGGUAACUGUCAGGAUACUGUGGUGUUAAAGAGGUUAGAUGGGCCAAUCAAUAGCGCGGGUUUCCUUGGUCAAUCACACAACCCAAAUCGCCCCAAGAACGACAGAGAAUUAUAAACUCUCCCUGGCAAUAUUUGCCAGAGUCUUUCCGUACUCUUCCACCGACCUUGCCCCAACUAGAGUGAAGUCUCUCUUGCGCCCUUCAAAAACAACAUACGGGACAGAAUCGACGCCAUUCAUCUUUUGCUCCCGCAUCAAUAUCUGUACCUCUGCCAGCCCUUCAUCGCCAUCGACAAUACCCGCAGCCGUCUCAUCAGACACGCCCGCGGCCUUACAGGCCAGCAUCAAAAUCUAUCUACUGCUGGGACUGCAGCCAUUCUCAAAAUAGCUCGCGUAGACGCUGUCGACAAACUUGGACGGCUCAACCGCUCCCUCACCCCGCGCAGACUUCGGCUCCUGCAGGCAAUGCAGAACACGGUGCGCCUCGAGAGUGUUGGCCACGACGCCAUCCGACAGCGACUUGAACGCUAUCCCAUCCUCGGCGCCCAGGGCGGCCAUCUUUUCCGCAAACGCGGCCGUGGCCUCUUCCGAGCCGCCGUGGUGCAGCUCGCUCAGCCAGCUCCGCCUAUCGCGCUCCUCGUCGGCUGGAAAGGCCGGCUGCAGCUGGUACGGGAGGAAGGUGAGGGUGAAGACGACUGUGCUGUCUGGAGACGGCGGGUGCUGUUGCUGGUAUUGCGACAGGGCCUUUUCUAGGCGUUUCUUGCCGAGGUAGGUCCUGAUGGGUUUGGUUUUGGGUUUUUUUUUACCUAUUAGAGAUGUUGCUGAGGGAUAAGAGGGUGGAUGGGUAAAUUUUAAAAGAGGCUCAUUUGGUGCGACGCUAAGGGGGGCCUCACCAGGGGCAUGUGAAGUCAAGGGUGAAUGAGAUUAGGGAUUCAUAUGGAGCCAUGACAAUAAGUUGUUGCUUCAGUUUGAUAUUGACUUUGGCUUGAUUCUGAUCUCCUGACUUGCAGAAGAUUGCCUGAAGGUAUGAGUUUAGUUGUUUUCUUCAACUUGCGAUUUUUUACUUUAUAAUAUUGGCAGAAAUGAAAGCUUUACGAGGCAAAGUUAUCAAUUAAUAGGUGCGGGGAAGUUGAUGUCUGAGAUCGACAUCUAGUUCGCACUACCUAC